AUGGCGGCGGCAGCUUCCCCGUCCUCCGUCCUCCUCCGGCCGGUCUAUCGCCUAGGCAGCGCCGCCCGCCGCCCCUUGGCGGCGAGAUGCUGCCUUGGUGACCGUGACGCCGCUGGCUCGCCGGGGGCCAGCGGCGGGCGGAGGCAGUCGCUGAUCCUGCUACUCUCGCUGGCGGCGCCGCUAGCAACCGAGGUCGCGGUGGCACGGGCGCAGGAUAUCCCGCUUUUCGGGCUGCGGAAGAAGCUCAGGAAGAUCAAGGAGGGGGCGGAGGAGAUUGUGAGAGAGGGGGAGAAGGCGGUGGAGGGGAUCGUGAGGGAGGGGGAGAAGGCGGUGGAGGAGGGGAUCGAGGCGGCGGAGAAGCAGAUCGGUGCGGCUGCCGUGGGGGAGGCGACCGGGCUUGAACUUGGCCUGGGGGCGGAUCUGGCGCAGGCGGGGGCUGUGGCGGCGGCCGAGGCGGUGGCGGUGCUCGCCGCCGUCUCCGUCGUCAACGGAAUUCUCGGUUCGGAGGGCCGGAGCUCGUAA